UAAUUUUAAUAAAGGGAGAUAGAAAACAAAGAUGUUCAAACGAAACAAAUAAGGAAGAAAAAAAGAAAAGAAAGAAACAAAGAUAUUCAAACAAGACAAAUAAUGAAGUAAUGGAAGGAACUUCAACUAGUCUGCAAAAUAUAUUGGCAAAGAACAAAUUGGAUCAGAUAAAAGAAGGCCAACAUAAAAUAUUUGGAAACGAAAUAGAAAUAAAAAGAGAAUUUUAUUUAGAUCCAGAUACACAGAAAAUAAUUCUUGAUAAUUAUAUGAGAGAGAAUGUUGAAUUUAAAGAGGCAUUUGAACGUUAUAAGCAAACUUAUAGAUCAACAAAAAAUGAAAUAGAGGUAUUUUAA